AUGGCUCCCACCGUCAACGGUGCCAAUGGCGUCAACGGAGCUCGCAAGUCAUCGCUGGUGAAUGGCACCACCAGCUCAUGGCAGGCGAAGCACAAAAUCGCUCCCCACUUCAUUGGAGGAAACCGACUAGAGAAUGCUCCUCCCAGCAGAGUCAAGGACUUUGUUCAAGAGAACGAUGGUCACUCCGUCAUCACCUCAGUGCUCAUCGCAAACAACGGUAUUGCCGCGGUCAAAGAGAUCCGCUCCGUACGAAAAUGGGCAUACGAGACUUUUGGCGAUGAGCGCGCCAUCCAAUUCACCGUCAUGGCCACUCCAGAAGACUUGCAAGCAAAUGCAGACUACAUUCGUAUGGCUGAUCAAUAUGUUGAGGUACCCGGAGGCACCAAUAACAACAAUUACGCAAACGUCGAGCUGAUUGUUGAUAUCGCCGAGCGCAUGAACGUCCACGCUGUCUGGGCGGGUUGGGGUCAUGCUUCGGAAAAUCCGAAAUUGCCAGAGUCCCUAGCAGCCUCGCCCAAGAAGAUCAUCUUUAUUGGACCUCCGGGAUCCGCCAUGCGGUCUCUCGGUGACAAGAUCUCCUCGACAAUCGUCGCACAACACGCAAAAGUACCCUGCAUUCCCUGGUCCGGAGAAGGCGUGGACGAGGUGGAAAUCGAUCAGCACGGUAUCGUCACCGUCAAAGACGAGGUCUACGAGCUGGGGUGUGUACACUCUCCCCAGGAAGGUCUGGAAGCCGCGAAGAAAAUCGGCUUCCCUGUGAUGGUCAAGGCUUCCGAAGGAGGCGGCGGCAAAGGUAUCCGAAAAGUCGAGAACGAAGAAGAGUUUGUCCCUCUGUACAAUGCUGCUGCGAGCGAAAUUCCCGGCUCCCCCAUCUUCAUCAUGAAACUGGCCGGCAAUGCCCGACAUCUGGAGGUGCAGCUGUUGGCAGACCAGUACGGCAACAACAUCUCUCUCUUUGGCAGAGAUUGCUCGGUGCAGCGGAGACAUCAGAAAAUCAUCGAAGAAGCUCCAGUCACGAUCGCCAGCCCAGAGACUUUCCACUCCAUGGAACAAGCAGCCGUCCGGUUGGGCGAGUUGGUCGGGUACGUCUCGGCUGGCACGGUAGAAUACCUCUACUCCCACGCGGACAACAAAUUUUAUUUCCUCGAGUUGAAUCCACGUCUCCAGGUGGAACACCCUACCACCGAGAUGGUCAGCGGUGUGAACCUGCCAGCCGCCCAGCUUCAGAUUGCCAUGGGUAUUCCUCUCCACCGCAUCCGUGACAUUCGUUUGUUGUACGGCGUGGAUCCACACACGGCGACUGAGAUUGACUUCCACUUCAAGAACGAGGCAAGCUUGAAAACUCAACGACGACCGCGGCCAAAGGGACAUACGACCGCCUGCCGCAUCACCUCCGAAGACCCUGGCGAGGGCUUCAAACCUUCCAGCGGUACCAUGCACGACCUGAACUUCCGCUCGAGUUCCAAUGUCUGGGGCUAUUUCUCCGUCUCCUCAAAUUCCAGCAUCCACAGCUUUUCCGACAGCCAAUUCGGUCACAUUUUCGCGUAUGGUGAAAACCGUUCCGCGUCUCGGAAGCACAUGGUUGUCGCUCUGAAGGAAUUGAGCAUUCGGGGUGACUUCCGAACGACCAUUGAAUAUCUUAUCAAACUGCUGGAAACUCCUGCUUUUGAAGCCAAUACCAUCACCACCGGCUGGCUCGAUGAGCUGAUCUCGAAGAAGUUGACUGCCGAGCGCCCUGAUCAAAUGCUGGCCGUCGUUGCUGGCGCGCUUACUAAAGCCCACAUUGCAAGCGAGGCCUGCAUUGCCGAAUACCGCAAGGGCUUGGAGAAGGGUCAAGUGCCCCCCAAAGAUCUGCUCAAGACGGUCUUCCCCGUCGACUUCAUUUACGAGGGCCAAAGAUUCAAGUUCACCGCAACCCGAGCCAGUCUUGACAGCUAUCAUAUCUUUAUCAACGGCUCCAAAUGUUCCGUGGGGGUUCGGACUCUUGCCGAUGGUGGUUUGUUGAUGCUUUUGAAUGGCCGAUCGCAUAGCAUCUACUGGAAAGAAGAAGCCACAGCCAUCCGCCUCAGUGUUGACAGCAAGACUUGCCUGCUCGAGCAGGAGAAUGACCCCACUCAGCUUCGUACGCCAUCGCCGGGUAAACUCGUCAAGUAUACGGUCGAAAAUGGCGCUCACGUCAAAGCUGGCCAGCCCUUCGCCGAAGUUGAGGUUAUGAAAAUGUACAUGCCCCUCAUCGCGCAGGAAGACGGCAUCGUCCAAUUCAUCAAACAGCCUGGAUCCACUCUGGAGGCUGGCGAUAUUCUGGGGAUUUUGGCACUCGACGACCCGUCACGAGUCAAGACUGCGGAGACGUUUACUGGGCAGCUCCCUGACCUGGGCCCGCCUCAGGUUGUUGGCAACAAGCCCCAUCAGCGCUUUGCUCUCCUUGUCGGCAUUUUGCAGAACAUCCUUAUGGGCUUUGACAACCAAGUUAUCAUGGCUUCGACAAUCAAAGAAUUGGUGUCCGUUUUGAGAGAUCUCGAGCUGCCGUAUGGCGAGUGGGUGGCCAGAACAUCGGCCCUACAUUCAAGAACUCCGCAAAAGCUGGAUGCGCAGCUGGAACAUAUCGUGGAACGGGCACACUCGCGAAGAGCUGAAUUCCCCGCGAAGCAGCUGCAGAAAGCCAUCAACCGCUAUGUUGAGGAAAACAUGUCCCCCGCCGAUGGGGCGACGCUCCGCGGUACUCUGGCACCUCUCGAAGAGGUGAUUGCCAGAUACCAGGAAGGAUUAAAGGUUCACGAAUUUUCCGUCUUCACUGGCCUGCUCGACCAAUAUUACCAAGUGGAGAGGCUGUUUGCUUCGGGCACCCACCGAGACGAGGACGUCAUUUUGAGGCUCCGAGAAGAGAACAAGGCCGAUCUGUCCACAGUUGUUUGGACAGUCUUGUCGCAUGCUCGCGUUUCGGCAAAGAAUAACCUCGUCAUCGCUAUCUUGGACAUGUACCGACCCAAUCAACCCAACGUCGGCAAUGUUGCCAAGUAUUUCAGAUCAUCCCUCCGCAAGCUCACCGAGCUGGAGUCGCGUGCCACGGCCAAGGUUGCGCUGAAAGCGCGUGAGUUGUUAAUCCUUAGCGCUCUGCCCUCACUCGAGGAGAGAGCCUCGCAGAUGGAGCACAUUCUCAAAUCUUCGGUUGUCGAAUCAAAGUACGGCGAGACCGGCUGGGAGCACCGGGAUCCCGACCUCAAUGUCCUGAAAGAGGUGGUUGACUCUCGUUAUACUGUCUUCGAUGUUCUCCCUUUGUUCUUCGCUCACCACGACCCCUGGGUGGGCAUUGCUGCGCUCGAAGUGUAUAUUCGCCAUGCUUACCGUGCCUACACCAUCAAAGAGAUUCAAUACCACAAUGACCUCGAGCCACCAUUCUUCCUGUCCUGGGACUUCGUCCUGCGAAAGGUCGGACAAUCCGAGUUUGGCUUGCCGUUGGCUUCCUCUUUCCCCUCUGGACAAGCAACUCCCUCGCAGCAGGGCGGCAACCCCUUCAAACGCAUCACUUCGGUGAGUGAUCUGUCGUACCUUAAUAGGGUACAAGGAGACGACGAGCCUGCCCGGAAGGGUGUGAUCGGGCCUUGCCAUUACUUGGAUGAGGUGGAUGAGACACUUGCUCGUGCCCUCGACGCCUUUCCCAAGAUUUCCAAAGAGAAACGUCCCAGCCAGCCGCUUCUCAUGCCCACGCUCGACAACCAGAGAAGACCACCACCACAACAGAAGCCGGAGGUGGCUGACGACGAACUGUCCAACGUCGUCAACAUUGCUAUCCGUGACAUCGAAUCUCUGGACGAUGACGAGAUCCUGAGCCGUUUGCACAGUUUGAUUGCCGAGUACAAGUCAGAGCUCCUUGCCCGCAAGGUACGACGGAUUACUUUCAUCUGUGGCCACACAGAGGGAACUUACCCCGGAUACUUUACUUUCCGCGGCCCAAGUUAUGAAGAAGAUAUGGAUAUUCGGCACAACGAGCCUGCUCUUGCCUUCCAGCUCGAGCUUGGGAGAUUGUCGAGGUUCAAGAUCAAGCCUGUCUUCACCCAAAACAGGAACAUACAAGUUUACGAGGCCAUUGGCAAGGGCGAAGAAAGAGACAAGGUGGUUGACAAGCGCUACUUUACUCGUGCCGUCGUCCGUCCUGGUCGCCUGAAGGAUGAGAUUCCUACAGCGGAUUAUUUGAUCUCGGAGACAGACCGUUUAGUCAAUGACAUCUGCGACGCUCUCGAGAUCAUCGGCAACAACAAUUCCGACUUAAAUCACAUCUUCAUCAACUUUGCACCGACCUUCAACUUGCAACCCAAAGAUGUCGAAGAGCAAAUUGCUGGCUUCUUAGAGCGGUUCUCCCGCAGAUUCCUGCGUCUUAGAAUCACUGGAGCAGAGAUCAGGAUUCUGUGCACUGAUCCCGAGACAGGACUGCCAUAUCCUCUUCGUGUUAUGAUCACGAACACCUCUGGCUACGUUGUGCAGGUUGAGUCGUACGUCGAGAAGAAGUCUCGCACAGGCGAUUGGGUCUUUGAGAGUAUUGGUGGCAGCACUAACAAGGUCGGCGCCAUGCAUCUUCGACCCGUCUCCACCCCGUACCCUACCAAGGAAUGGCUGCAACCCAAGCGAUACAAGGCUCAUUUGAUGGGCACGCAAUAUGUCUACGACUUCCCCGAGUUAUUCAGACAAGCCAUUCAGAACAGCUGGGCCAAAGCCAUUGCCAGGCAUGCUCCCCUUGCCGAGACGAGACCAGAACUCGGAACAUGCCUCGACUACAACGAACUCAUCCUCGACGACAAUGACGACAUCACCGAGGUGUCGCGCGAGCCUGGUACCAACAGCCGCGGCAUGGUUGCCUGGCUUUUGACGGCCAAAACGCCGGAAUACCCUAGAGGCAGACGGUUUGUGAUAAUUGCCAACGAUAUCACCUACCAAAUCGGAUCCUUCGGACCGGUUGAGGAUAAGUUCUUCUUCAAGUGCUCCGAAUUCGCUCGAAAACUAGGUAUCCCCCGUAUCUAUCUCUCUGCCAAUUCAGGUGCCCGUAUCGGCAUGGCCGAGGAACUCAUCCCUCACUUUUCGGUGGCAUGGAAUGACGAAGACCACCCCGAGGCUGGCUUCAAGUAUCUCUACCUGACUCCGGAGAAGAGAAAGCAGCUGAGCACCAAGGAAGUUAUCACUGAACAAACUGUCGAGGAUGGGGAGGAAAGACACAAGAUCACCACCAUCGUCGGCGCCAAGGAUGGAUUGGGAGUGGAAUGCUUGCGGGGCUCUGGUCUCAUUGCCGGUGCCACCUCCAAGGCUUAUGAGGAUAUCUUCACCAUCACUCUCGUCACUUGUCGCUCGGUCGGUAUUGGUGCCUACCUCGUCCGUCUCGGUCAACGCGCCAUUCAGAUCGAAGGUCAGCCCAUCAUCCUCACCGGCGCCCCUGCCCUCAACAAAGUGUUGGGCAAGGAAGUCUACACUUCCAACUUGCAGCUUGGUGGUACUCAGAUCAUGUACAAGAAUGGGGUCUCCCACAUGACUGCCAGCGAUGACUUCCAGGGUGUUGAAAAGAUCGUCGAUUGGAUGUCCUUUAUUCCCGACAAGAAGGGUCAGCCAGUCCCAGUCAGCCCCUCGGCUGAUCCGUGGGAUCGUGAUACCGGCUUCUAUCCUCCGCGACAGCCUUAUGAUGUCAGACAUCUCAUUGGUGGCAAGCAAGAUGAGGAAGGCUUCUUGCCUGGUCUGUUUGACAAGGAUUCUUUCCAGGAGGCUCUCGGUGGUUGGGCACGCACCGUUGUUAUCGGUCGUGCUCGUCUGGGUGGCAUCCCUAUGGGUGUCAUUGCGGUCGAGACCCGCACUGUCGAGAACGUCAUUCCCGCCGAUCCUGCCAAUGCCGACUCGAUGGAGCAGGUUGUUCAGGAAGCUGGCGGUGUCUGGUACCCCAAUUCCGCCUUCAAGACUGCACAAGCUCUCAAAGACUUCAACUAUGGCGAGCAACUUCCAGUGAUGAUUCUGGCCAACUGGCGUGGGUUCUCUGGUGGUCAACGAGACAUGUACAACGAGGUGCUCAAGUACGGAUCAUACAUUGUGGAUGCCCUCGUCAAAUAUGAGCAGCCGGUUUUCGUCUACAUUCCUCCAUUCGGUGAACUCCGAGGUGGAUCAUGGGUCGUCGUCGACCCUACCAUCAACCCUGAACAAAUGGAGAUGUACGCUGACGAGGAAUCUCGUGGUGGUGUCCUGGAGCCAGAAGGUAUUGUUGGUAUCAAGUAUCGUCGCGAGAAGCAGCUUGAGACCAUAGCUCGCCUGGAUCCCACUUAUGGAGAGCUGAAAACCCAAUCGCUUCGCAAGGAUCUCACUCCUGAACAACUGAAUGAGAUCAAGGCCAAGAUGACGGAACGCGAGCAACUUCUUGGGCCUGUCUACCAGCAAAUUGCUCUGCAAUUUGCCGACCUUCACGAUCGUGCUGGACGCAUGAAAGCCAAGGGUACGAUCCGCAUGCCAUUGAAAUGGCAGAAUGCGCGACGAUUCUUUUACUGGCGUCUCCGAAGAAGGCUAUCUGAAGAAGUCCUACUCAAGAAGCUCGGCAGCAGUGUCGCGGCUGGUGGCGCCUCUGUCCCUACCAACCCCUUGUCUACGAGGGAGCAUAACCUGGCCUUGCUGAAACACUGGUCUGGCCUGCUGGAUGUGGAAUUUGAGAACGAUGACCGCAAGGUGGCAGAGUGGUAUGAGAGCCACAGAAAGGAGGUGUAUGCCAAGAUUGAUGCGGUCAAGAGCGACGCUACCAGCAAGAAGGUUGCUGAAUUGUUGAUGGGUAACAAGGAAGGAGGGUUGAAGGGGGUGCGAGAGGUAUUGAGCCUUGUGCCCACCAGCGAGAGGGAACAGCUGGUCAAGUACUUGACCGGUGCAUGA